UCAACGAACUACAAAAACCAAAGCAGUAGAGGCAUAACUUUCUUGCGCCGUGCACGCGUUCGUACUCAGGCCCGCGAUUACAACACUCGGAAACGUUACAAAAUUACGUGAUUCCAUUUAAAGAGCAUUAAAAUUCAGUGCAGAUACGAUUGAAGCACGCCGGUUUAAUAUUUUGGGCAUUAUCGGUUGACAGUUUGGCAAAUCCUUACAGACAUCGUGUUUGUUUAUGUGAAAAAAUCACCUAUCUUGAAAAAUAAUACAAAAAGAGCGACAAAAUUUCACUUGAAAGUUUCAAAACAUCUAACUCCGUACCUUGGUACGGUGGAAAUAUUAUGCUACGGCUUCACCUGACGAAUAGACAUCUCCGGGUAAUGCCCUGGUGUAUCUUACUGGGCCUGCAGCCAGCUUUCGCAGGAAUUCUAGACCCGUUUAAUUGGGCACGCUCUGACCGUAUCGAGGUCAACAUACCCUGGUUACCAUUUGAAAAUGAAACAAGGUGCUACGACGAGCUGGGCUGUUUGAAUAUAACAAGAAGUUGGUACCAUCUCAUUCACCGGCCGUUCAAUGUGUUCCCUUUACCCAGAGUCGUCAUCAACACCAGAUUCAUCUUAUACUCCAAGAAGAACCCAACUGAUGGGCAAAUAUUGAACGUUAACGUCAACAAAACCAUCGCAAAAUCGAACUUCAGUCCUACUAGACUGACGAAAUUAAUUAUUCACGGAUUCAUCGACACACCGCUGUCUAAUUGGGUUAGUGAAAUGAAAGAUGAGCUGGUGAAAGCUGGCGACUUCAAUGUGGUCGUCGUAGACUGGGCCGGCGGAAGCUUGCCUCUUUACACACAGGCCACCGCCAAUACAAGGCUAGUGGGACUAGAAGUGGCGCACUUUAUAAAUACACUACAGAAAGAUCAUGGGUUGAACCCACUCGACGUUCAUAUCAUUGGUCAUUCCCUAGGCGCUCACACUGCAGGCUACGCCGGUGAACGAAUAAAGGAUUUGGGCAGAAUUACCGGGCUCGACCCCGCUGAACCAUACUUCCAAGGAAUGCCCACCCAUGUGAGGUUAGAUCCUUCAGACGCCCAGCUGGUUGAUGUCAUACAUACCGACGGGAAAAGCAUUUUCCUUUUAGAUUUUGUAUUUAUGGCAGGAUACGGGAUGUCACAACCCGUGGGUCACUUGGACUUUUACCCGAACAAUGGCAAAGAGCAACCGGGCUGCGACUUGACAGAAGGUCCACUAAUCCCUCUGACGUUGGUCAAACAAGGCCUAGAAGAAGCUUCCAGAGUUCUCGUAGCGUGCAAUCACGUCAGAGCUAUCAAACUGUUUACAGAGUCUAUCAACGGAAAAUGUCCUUAUAUAGGCCACCAAUGUCCGUCGUACCAACAUUUCGUAUCAGGAAAAUGUUUCCACUGCGGCCAUGGGUGCGCCAUAAUGGGAUUCCACGCGGAUAGUUCGCCUGGAUUAAUAACAAACAAGAACAAUCAGUCGGAGAAUGAGGUUUACCCUUCUGAAGAACAAGACACGAUCGGUGCUAAGUAUUUCCUUAAUACGGGAAAGGAACUUCCAUUCUGCCAACGCCAUUACAAAAUUGUCGUUCACUUGGCAAAUCCAAAGGGCGCCGAGUCUUGGGUGCAGGGUUUCCUAAAAGUCACUUUGCUAUCGGAUCGAGGAGUUAUCAGAGGAAUGGAUCUCACUCCAAAUAAUUAUGUUAAAUUAGAGCACGGGACUUCAUAUACAAUAGUUGUGACACAUCCUAUGGAUUUAGGCGGUAAAGUUAGAAAAGUAGAGCUAUCGUGGGAGUACGAUAUGAAUGUACUGGAGCCACGAUCCCUUUGCAUUUUAUGGUGUAACGACCGCCUUUAUGUGAAGUCGGUGCUCGUUGAUCAAAUGGAGCUGCCGAGUAGAGGAAAGCGAAAUGUUGACUUCAGCAGCAAAUUAUGUACACCGAAGAGGGAAUAUGCUGAGAUCCCCAAUCGCGGCUCGGCGAGUUUCUAUGAAAACUGCGGCAGGUAGCGGUGCCAUAAAAUUAGAACUAGGUAAUUGAAUCAAACCCUGUUUGUAAGACUUAGAAGAAGCAUUUGAAUGAACGGCCCGGACGACUAAUACCAACUGUGAAUGUAAAAGUCAAAAAACAGGCGUUGUCUAGGACAAAUGCAAAGGGCGAUUGUCAUUAAAAUGCUAAUAAAUAAUCUUACGUAUUACUGCUUAGUCUGGGCCAUCUUUUGUUGUAAGAAGAAAUAUUUGCAGACUACCCUCUCAACAAAGCAGUACAAGGAAACACAAAAUGUUUCUUCGUAAAAUAAGAAAACUUUUGUCAGUAUGUUAGCAAAUAUUGCGAACAUAGUGUGCAUGAUCUGUAUGAUAUGAACUAACGGGAAGAAUGAAAUGAUUGACAAAUAAUAGAUUAGGUACAGAGUGGACUUAACGAGACAAUUUUUUUUAUAAAAUGGUAAAAUGAUCGUGUAAAUAUAGAUGAUCAUUGAAAUAGGUAUUUCAAGAACGCUAAUCAGUGUUGAUUAAUUAUAUUUAUUGUUAUUCAUGAAAAUACAAACUAUUUUAAAAUGAAAAAAUGAUUUUGAUAAAUGUUAAAAUUUAUAACAUAUCGUAGUAUAAUAUUUAACCAUACAAUAUAGAUAAAUAUCUACUUAAUAUCCUCCAUAACCAUUAUUUACCAAUAUUAAAGCUUAAAGUGUAUUGUAACAUAAAUAAAUAAUAUCUAUAUCUCGUAACUCAUAACUUCAAAAUUUAUAUGUUCAUUAAAAUUGCUCAAUACGUCAUAUUUUAAAUCUGGAGUAUUAGGUAUGCUAAUAUUUUAAUAACCUGAGUAGGUUCCAUUAUUGUUAUAUACUACUCGUAUAUGAUUUAGAGACUCGAUUAGUUGUUUGACUACAAACUUUGUUAAUGUAUAGAUACCUUAGUAUAGAUUACCCUAAAUUAUUUGUAUAUAAUUUAUGUAAAUUCGUUUUUUUUAAGUUAUAGGGUAUUUACAAUAAAUCACGAAAGGUACCUAGUUGUUGACUUGUGCCUGUACUUUCUGUACCUAGGGCUGCUAGGCCUCACUAGCCUGAUAUUUAAAUAGAAUGACCCGGACACUAUUUAUCAAUUAUUAUUAUUUGUCUUAGUUUUAACACAUUUCAUUAUGACAAAUAAACAAAUCAAAUCCGGACGGGUCAAGCUAAGCCAUACUCGAUGUGCACCAAUUACCAACCAACAAACAAAUUAAAAAUGAGGGUACAAAUCGCUAGUCAUUUCACACCUAUAAUUAUAACUAACUUGUUCUUAAAUUUAAAAAAAAUAAAUUCGAUUAAUUGGUUUAUAUCAAUUUAGAUAAAUAUGUAUAGUUAAUAUAUUUUCAAUUAUAUUUUUUAAAAAACCCAUACCUACCUACAUAGGUACAUAAUUUAAAAUAAAUAAAUUAUAAAAUGACAUGCGUUUUUACCUUGAUUUUUAAUUUGUCUGUUGGUAAACAGUGAACAUCGAGUAUGGUUUUAACAUUGCUAGAUAAUGUCUUAAAAAGCAUAAUUAUUAUAUUCCACUUUUUAAGCUCAAAAUUCAUCUAUCGCCUCGGACACGUACCGCCUUACCGUAUCACCUCGCCAUCGAACCGUCCGCUCGCUUACGUCAUUUCAUAUGUUCAAGAGCUGGUGGGUAUUUUUGAGUAGUUUUUUGAAUCGAGUUAAAAAGUCAGGUCAAGUUAUCCUAUACCUAUCCAAUGUUACCCUAACAUACCCGGCAUGGGACUAAUAGGAAUUUAUAUAAUGUAGUCCGGAGGCGAGGCAAUUCCGUUACGUGUCCGAGGCGUUAUAGUGAGAUUUAAGCCUAAUAUGACGCUUGACAACCCUAAUUGUUAUAUUGUAUGUUAUGAGCAUAUUUUAUAAUACCUGUGUACCUACAGCAGAAGCAAUUAUGUUACUGCAACGAAUUUUUAAUACUUUUUGUACAUACUAUAUAUUUAAUUACAUUUGUAUAGGUAUAUUGAAGUACUUCCUUGCUUCCUAUACAUAUUUUUUUUACGUUCGGUUGCAGAGGUAUUUACAAAAUAUACAUAUUUUAUAUACAGAAUACGUACUUGUAACAUAUCCACAAGGUGAAGAAAUGUUUCGAAAAUAAAGUUAUUUAAAUCAGCCAUGCAUUAUUUAUUCAUCAACCUAUUAAAUACACAUUAUAUUAGGUAUAAUACAACAAAACACUUGUGUCUUUUGUGUACCUUUUUACGAUUUAUUAGAACGUGACUGUUUUUAAUAAAAAAGUGUCAGCUAGUCUAUUUAAAACUAAUAGUACUGAUUUCUGAACGUAGUGUCGGAACUUCAAACUUGACAUCACAGUGACACUGACAGUGACAGAUGUGUAUUUUGUGUUGUGUUGAAAUAAUGAAAGACUUUUCUAUUUUUUUGAAAAAUAAGUGAACUAAUAAAGGAAUAGGGAAAUAGAAUAAUUGUUUCAAUGAUUUUAAUGAAAUGUUAAACGAAAUUUAAGUAAAUAAAAUUAUAUCUUAGCGUCAAAAUAUCAAAAAUGUCGUCAACUACUUCGAAGUUAGUUUUAGGGCUCUCUUGUGCUAUAACAAUGGGUAUAGUAAGCUAUGUUCACAUUAAACAACAGACUGAUAGUUCCCAUGUGGAUAUGGGGAUACAAUAUAGCCUAUGACACACAUAUACUUGUAAUAUUGAUUGCAAUUUGCAAUUGAUUCAAUAGAUCCAAAAAUUACACCUACAACCUCACAAACUUUACCUCUUCAUAAUAAGGAAAGAAUGCACGAGGGUGUAAUUAGAGAUAAAGAAAGGCAACAAAAAAGAAAAACUGAAAAUCUAUACAUACUGGAAAAACAAAAUGAAUUGACGAAGAAGCUUAAAAAGGACUUGGAAAACACAUAAAAACAAUUGUUAUGGAUUACUAAAACUAUUUAUUGUACAUUACAAAUUGAAUUAUAUAGUCAUAGAACAA